GUCUGCAGGCCGAUGCUCCAUCCACUGAGCCAAACCGGCUAGUGCUUCUCCUUUACCUUUUACCACAUCCACGUUUCCUAGGCUCUCCAUCUUCAACCUGCAUAUUCAGCUAAUAGACAUGUCUGGCACCAGGAAUACCUUUAAAGCUCUCUUUCCUUUUCAGGACCCACUAUCCUCUUUCUAAUCUCUAGGUCUGCUACUGGUCUCAUCCCUACAGCCAUUUCCAUGAGUGAAUGACUCAUUUUUCAUUAUCCUCCUAGCCCUCAGUCCAGCCAGCCCAGUCCAGUCAUGCAGGUACAGGAAGAUGGAGACAACCUCAUCCCCUUUGCCAAGUGUUCCAGAGUGGUCAGCCGAUCUUCACCCCCAAGCUUGCCUUCCCAGAGCCUCAGACUGACACCCCAGCGUUAUGGAGACAUCUUCUGGGACAACCUUAGUCAAAGGCCCAGCUCCACCUGGAUGGAAGAACAGUGCACCCCACCCCUGCUGGGAGCCACUGGUUCUUCCCAGCCUGGCGUGUACGGCCCUGAGGGGCUCCCACCCCCUGAGCUGCUCUUCAGAAGAACGAGAAGGAGGUCCUAUUUGGCAGGAAUGCAGGGACGUGGGGGCAUCCCAGCCCGAGUAAGGGCUGUCACUUACCACCUGGAGGACCUAAGGAGGCGACAGCGAAUCAUCAAUGAACUAAAGAAGGCCCAGUGGAGCAGCUCUGGCGCUGCAGCCGAGCCCCCGGUGCCAGGCGAGGCGAGCUGUGGGCUCCCCAGCACCAGCGAGCGCCCUGAUCUGGAAGAGGAGGGGGCAGCCUUCCCACAGGAAGAACACGUCCUCCCUCCUGGCAGGGCCCAGCUGCUUUGGUCUCCCUGGAGUCCCCUGGUCCAGGAAGGAUCUUUCCUCUCCAGGCAGCUGAGCUCUCUGACCCCCUGCAGCGCUUUCAGAGCCAGUAGGAACCCCCUUUCCAGUACCUGGGGGAUGGAGCUGCCCGAGGAAUAAGGAAGAACCCUAAGGAAGGCUCCGCAGACUGAAGAGGCCCAUGGAUGGUAAAGAAACCAUCCUGCCUAUCCAACAAUGCUGGCGCUGCCUCAGGGACCCAAGCCGCCUCCUUGUCGCUGGAAUCACCCCCAAAGGCGUUUCCCCGUUUUUAGUCCUUAGCCUCUCCAGCUUCCCCUCCCAUCUCUGCACUGGGCACUAACAGCCCCCGGGCCCCCCCUCAGCCCCCCCCCCCCCCCAGCUCCC